CUCUAAUAUGUAUGAACGGAAGUGAAUUGUACGCAAAUGCUAUGGAUCGUUGAUCUCAAAUGAGAGUCAUGUCAUACCGACUCCCUCAUUAUUGGUUUCAUAUUUAUUUAGACCUGUAAGAGUGAACCAGCCAUCGAAAUGCCUCCCAUCGCACUGGCGCGCGAUCGCGUUUAGUAUUCAAUUGUAAUUUCAAUAGUAAAGAGUUGUGUCAACGCUGGCGCUCCAACCGAUAACAGUGCAACCAACGAAUGUCGAAUCACCGGCUACUUCAAAAGCGCCCAAUACUUUCUAUUAAAAAAUACAUGUGCAUACGAUAUCUGUUGACAAUUAUGCAUGAAGCAUGAAGUGAGUUUGGGAUGCAAAACAAUCACAGCCGCUAAGUCGCCAGUCAAGCUCUUGUUACUGUCGAUGCUCAGCACAAGUUUAUAUUUGUAAAUACAUAUGUACAAAUGCGCAUGAAAUCAAUUAAAUCCGGGAGCUCUGAUUAAAUAAAUUGUAAUACUGCUCCAGAAAAUAUAUAUGGGAUGUUUCUAUAAUUUGAGCGAAUAAAUGGUAUACAUAUAUAGAAGAAGAAAACAUGUUUGCGUUAACUUUGUUAUGAACUAAAUAUACAUAUGUAUAAUAAAAUAAUUAGAUAUACUAAGUUAAAGAUGAUGACCGUUACAAAUUAUUGUGCAUGCGCUGAUGAUAACUUUACCAGCAGAAAAAGAUGGACCAGGGCCAACCGAGCUGUCAUUCUCAGCACAGCAUUUUAAGAAAAAUGCUGUUGAUAGCAUGCAUGAGGGCUCGUCCGAUGACUUCGAUUUAUUGAAUGGCGUAAACUCCACUUACGAAAAAGGCAUGUGUCUGGCCAUCCAUCGAGUGACCCCGAACACAUCGUCUAUUGUGCCGGGGGGUCAACAACCAAUGCCGGCAACUGAAAAUGACGCCAAUAAUUAUAUCGCCAGUGUAGUACCUACAACUGUUCUCAAUAGCAUUAAAAUCGCUGAUGCUGGUUCUACUGAUUUAUUUCCAACUCAUCCCACAACAUGGCAACAACAUCCAAUGAAUCGUCAGGAACUCGCACAUCAUCGAUUGCAAAACCACCAACAUAGCCACCAGCAUCGACAUGUUGAUCGGCACCAACAUCGUUUAGAUUUAAUCACUAGCAAAAUAUUAUUGCAAAGCUCCGAUGACCCUCUAAUAUGUCGUGGGGCCAACAGUGUUGUGGGUGGGGAUGAUGAUCACCCACUGAUUGUAGCAGCAUCUCAAAAUGCAGAAAAUAAUCUAAAUGAUCAGGGAGGCACUAUUCAAACGAAUUCCUCUUCAUCUGUUUCAUCAAAAGCUAAUUUGCGCCCACUGCCGUCUAUGGGAAAAUCCACACAGCUAUCCGUGAAGGUGCCACUAAACGGAUGUAGCUCAUUGACAAAGCAACAACUUAAAGUUAAGGCCGGUCUAAUGAGUGCUCAGAACCGUGCAGCCAACGAGCUUAAGAGAAGCAUCCAGCAAACUCAAAGCACGACUAGUGACUUGCAGAAAAAUCAUAAAUCGAAUGAACCGAAGCUUGCCAAAAAUAAGGGUGUUUUAAAACUGCGUUUCCAUCAUCAAGCUUUGCCGCCCGAGUAUUUAAGUCACUAUGAAGCUACACAAGCCAAGUUUUCCCGGCGCGAUAAAGAUAUAAAAGCUAUUACGUCAGAAGAUAUUCCCAAAGCUAAAACCUUUCAUCCUUCCAAAUUUCCGCCACCGAAGAGUUCACACGAAAAUGUUCGUAGCUGGUUGCAAAAGAUUGCUGCAAUCCAUCGAUCGGCUCAGCAGUCGGAGAGCAAGCAAGGCGAAGAGGUAGUUGGUCAGCAACAAAAGAAAUCGAAAAACGAUAGCAAUAACAAUUAUCAGGCCAGCCGGAUGCAAACGUCAAGCCUAGAACUGCCGGAUGAGUCCGUCGUAAGAAAUGAGCCACAUGCCACAUCAAAGCAGGUUUACAAUAAUGAAAAAUUUGAGCGGGUGAAAUCUUCCAGAUGUAAAUUUGUGCCAAACCCUGUGGUUAAGGUCUCACCUCCAGUUUUGUCAGAUGUCCCCAAAAAAGUUAUUAACUACGCGGACCUGCCGUAUAUGGGCGAGAUAACUCUUGAUCAUUCGAAGCCACGACGUGGACGAAAGCCAAAAAAGGCAGACAUAUGUCAUCUUAUAUACAAAAAUUAUGGAACCAUAUUCCCUGGCACGCCCAAAAGCGUACUUACCACACCGCAUGCAACAAUCGGGUGUGGUCAAAGACCACCAGAAUCCGAAAUUUUUGAUGAACUGCCAUUAAAUCUUUGCAUGCGAGAUCAACUAUGUGACCACUUGUCGAUCUCAAGCGAAGAUAGUGAUUGUGUAAGCGACCCGUCGGAUGGCAACUCACCUAGCAAGGAACUAAUCGAAAGUGUGAAAUUACUUAAAACAGAUUUAGAUAGCCUUUUAGAUCUGAAAUCGAAUCCAGUUAAAGUCGAACCAAAAGAUGAAACUCGCAAUUCAGAUCCUACAAGCCCAUCUUUGACAAACUUACAAUCGCCCAAAUCAGCAGAACAUAAUGUACUGCUGCAUCCUGUGAGUCUGUAUUACCAAAAAUUGCUCUCAGGCACCUUAGUGAACCAACAUAGUCAACCAUUUGGUCUACCUGUUCAGACCAUAGAAAAAGACAAUCAACUAACGCUUAAAAUACCUAUACCAAAUGGUUUGCUGCAAACGCCCAAGUCAGAGAAGCUUACUCCGCUUCUAAACGUUGACAAUCCAAUGAUCGAUUAUCCUGAUAUCUUGUCCACGCCAUCAUCGAUUAAAUCGGAAAACUCGAAUAUGACAACAACCACAGCAGUGAGUGCCACAACUGCUACUACAAUGAAUCCUAGUCAUCAACAAAUCACACCGCAGAAACGUAAACGAUCUGCUAUUUUUAUACCACCCAUUCCAUCUGAAAACGCAACAAAUCCAGCCACAGAAGUGAGCAUAUGUAAAUUUAAAUUCACAGGCGGUGCUAAGCCCACUUUAGAGGAAAAGAAAAUGCUCUCUGUAGAUUCGGGUGGUAACUACAGAUACUACAGUGGCACGGGUGAUAAAUCGACACGGGGUUAUGAAUUUUUUCCUCGUGAAAGCCUUCAGAAUUCUGCUGGUUUCUUGCCGGGCGUAAAUUGUGCGGCGACGUUUUCGCACGCGGCUAGCGAGUGCUUAACAAGUGACAUACCGCCACCCUCAGCAGAUCUCAGUAACGAAAUUCUGCAAAUUCCUGAAUCGCCGACUGCGACGUUGUUACCAGGCUCUGUAACACUACCAGAGCCUUCAUCACCAUCGCCCUUAUCCAGGCCAAUUUCUUCAUUUUCUGGCUCUCCAGCAUUGGCAACACAACAGAAGUCACAUAACCUUCAAACAACACUGUGUUCAAAGAGCGGGAACGUUAUGUCUACCGGAAGUGUUUCUUCCAGAAUUAUUCUCGCAAAGGACCAUUUCACGAAUGCUCUCUUUGAACCAUCUAGCUCAUAUCAUUCAAUACAGAGAAAAAAGAAAUCUAGACGAUCAUCUCAACGUGAGAAACUAGAAAGAACGUUUAAGGAAAAAGGAUUUCUCAUCCAAACGCAGCAACUCGAAUCGGCUGAGGGUGCAACAUAUUGUAAGUUUCGCCAGUUGAAAAAGUUCACACGUUAUUUAUUUCGCAAUUGGAAAGACUACCUACCAGAGGAGGUGCAUCGAGCAAAUGCGGCAGAGAAUGUGGAGGUGAUGCACCAACCCAUCACUGAAGAAGAUGUCAAAAACGAAGCAAAUACACAACACAAUUUUACUGAGCAACUCGGUGUCGAAAGUUUACUGCAACGUCAUGGGUUUUUGGUAACUAGCAGAGUAUGCCCACAAAAUGCGGACCGACCGAGUGCAAUUAGUAGCGUGGUUGAGAAUGUUGUACUCGAGCAAAACUCAUUGGAUAAUACUGUGCAAGCAUAGUUAAAGAGCUUAUACAUAAAUGACUGAACAAAAUAGUUUUGCUUAUUAGAUGUGGAUAAGAAUAUUUCAAUCGAAUAAAUAACACUGCCAAAGAUUGAUUAGAAAGUAAGCGUCCCCUAUAAAUUAAAUAAUAAUUUACAUAUCUAUUUUAUAUUUGUUAUUUUGUUAAUAUUUAUAGUCAUAAACAAGAAAAAUAUAUACAUAUGUAUCUAGAUUAUUGUAAAAAGUUUAUAAAACUAAACUAGUCAAUGAAACGCUUUAAUAUCUGUAUAAAAUUUUGUUGAAAAUCCCAGUUGAAUGCGAAUUUGCAACACAUGCAUACGUAUGUGUGUGUGUGUAUAGAUUUUGAGAGGCAAAUAUUGCAAUCAGAUUUCCAACAAAUGGCUUGGAGCGCUAAGUACUACAUACAUAUAAUGAAUGCAUACUUAAAACAAUGCUCAACAUUUAUUUGAAAUAUAUGUAUUUAAUGCCAAUAGGGGUUUUCUCUGAGUCUUGCAAAGCCCUGGCACGGUGGACGGACUGCACGGUUUACAAAGCUGUCGCAUACGAAAACCGGUUUUUAUCGUGCAAUCUGUAAACCGUGCAAGGGCUUUGUAAGACUCAGAGAAUAGCCGCAAUGUUUUUUUUAUUUAUUUAUGGUGCACAUGUUCUCGUAAUUAAGGAUAAUUUUGAACUCAUUACGAAUACAAACAUUCAUAGAUAUAUUCCCAAUGCAAAAAAAAUGCUCUGAAGGUGGGGCUAAGCUGGUUAAAUAUCUUUUACAGCUUAGGUACGAAUAAAAAAAUAAACCUGACGAUUUUGCUACAAUCUCCAUGUGAUAAAUAUGCGCAUAUCAUAAUACCACAAUAAAUAUAUAAUCGGUUUAAUAUCGAUAUUAUUUAAGGGCU